AUGCGGCCAUACAUUGAAUCUAACAUGGAAGACUACGAUGAACCCUCAUCUAGUGAUUCAUCUUCUAUAGCACAGGAUUCCGAGUUCCAGGAAGCCGUUGUGGAACACCAAAUGACCCUACUCGGAUCAGAGUCCGACACUGAUGAUGAUCGUAGCAAGUCCGAGCAUGCACCGAUCAUCGCAGGCUGUGCUUUGGAUGUAGUCGUCAACCAAGAUGGCGAAGAAACUGUGUCCGACGGCAUCCCCCAGCUCGGAUUGCUGGCUGGUUCGAUGCAUAAGCUGUCCCUAAUCAAGAAGGGAGAGGCAUUCUCGAAGGAAACUGAUCCCAGAUUGUUUUUCAAUGUCUCCCACCCAUCAAGUGUGUUUAUUUGUGGAUCACAGGGCUCGGGCAAGAGCCACACGCUCUCUUGCUUGCUCGAAAACUGUUUGAUCCAGUCCAAGGCUGGAAAACUGCCAAAUCCUCUAACUGGGUUGGUCUUCCACUAUGACACAUUCUUUAGCGACGUGACCGGCUCCCCAUGUGAGGCUGCUUUCUUGUCGUCGCACCCAGAUGUGAAAGUUCGCGUCCUAUGCUCUCCAACGAAUGUUUGGCCUAUUACCCAAGCAUACUCACGACUGGACGUCUCCGUGGAGCCUUUGUACAUUGAUCAGAACGAUCUUAAUACGGAGCGUAUGAUGGACCUUAUGGCGGUUUCCCAGGGUGACGGAGAAUUGCCAUUAUACAUGCAUACCGCCAAGCGGAUACUCCGGGAGAUGAGGACCUCUCAACAAGAGACACAAUCCGGCUUUGAUUACAAGGCUUUUAAGAACAAAAUCCUCGAUUCUGGUCUGACUCCUGGCCAGCUCGAGCCACUAAAACAACGUUUGGAGAUGUUGGAGAGCUUUAUGCCCCAGUUGCAGGUUACCAAAGCGACAUACAAAAGAGCGCAGACCCUACCGAAGCAAGGCUCGCUUUGGGAGCCGAAGGCCGGCCAGUUGACAAUUCUCGAUCUCUCAUGUCCGUGCAUAUCUCCUGGAACGGCGUGUUCACUUUUCAACAUCUCGCUCGCCAUCUUCAUGGAGCAAGAGAGCGACAUCGGGCGGGUCGUUGCACUUGAUGAAGCACACAAGUACAUGAAGACCUCUUCUGAAGCACAGGCGUUUACUGAAACGCUUCUCUCUGUCGUCCGCCUCCAGCGUCACCUUGCGGCUAGGAUAAUUAUCUCGACCCAGGAACCCACGGUGUCAACGGAUCUGCUUAAUCUCUGUACUGCAACCAUUGUUCACCGAUUCACCUCCCCGGAGUGGUUGAGAAUCCUGCAGAAGCAUCUGGCGGGUGCGGCUACUAAUCCUUUCUCUCGGAAGAAGGGUAAGGCUGGAGGUAGAGGCACUGAUGGCGAAGAAGGGCAACUCGACGAAGCAAACGAGAAAUCCUUGUUUAACCACAUCGUUAAUCUUCGUGUCGGUGAGGCGCUUCUGUUUUCUCCGAGCUCCAUUGUGGACGUUAGCAUUGACGAAGAUGGCGGCUACGAACUCCGUAGGCUGGGGUCGGAAUAUCUCGCCAUUAGGGUCCGGCAGAGAAUCACGAAAGAUGGGGGCCGAAGUGUUCUCGCGGUUUGA